AUGGCAGCGAAGGGCCAUUCGCUGCGCGAUCGCCAGAUCUCCGCUCUGAAGAAACUCCUUAGCUUGAACGACUCCUUUACCGAAAGCGACACCGAUAACACCCAAGCCAAUGGCGGCGCACUUGGACCGACGGGCGCCAUCAUAACCUCCGAUGGCGAUCCCUUGUGGAAGGUCCUCGUCUUUGAUGAUCUCGGCCGAGAUGUCAUCAGCAGCGUUCUUCGGGUCAGCGACUUGAGGGCGUUGGGCAUCACAAUGCAUAUGCAUAUUGGGUCCUCCAGACACGCGAUUCCGGACGUACCAGUCAUCUACCUGCUCGAGCCGACGGCGCAGAACCUCCAACACAUCACCAGCGAUCUUCAAAAGGGCCUCUACAACCCCGCCUACCUGAAUUUCCUGUCCUCCAUCCCCCGACCGCUGCUGGAAGACUUCGCAGAGCAGACGAUAACAGCCGGCACGUCUGACAGCAUUGCCAGGCUUAUGGACCAAUAUCUGAAUUUCAUUGUCGCGGAGCCGGAUCUUUUCAACUUAGGCAUGCAACGAGAUCACACAUAUUGGGCGCUGAACAGCGCAACAACCAAUGACGAAGAGUUGGACAGAGUCGUCGAUAGAAUCGUCAGCGGCUUGUUCAGCGUCAUUGUCACCAUGGGCGUCAUUCCCAUUAUCCGUUGUCCUAAGGGCGCCGCCGCAGAGAUGAUCUCGGCGAAGCUCGAUCGAAAGCUGCGCGACCACAUCCUCAACUCGAAAGAAAACCUGUUCUCCUCCAGUGCCCGGCCGGCGUCUUCAGCCGGAACGCCACAAUCCCGCCCCGUGCUCAUCAUUCUCGACCGCAAUGUCGACUUAAUACCUAUGCUUUCCCAUUCUUGGACCUACCAAUCUCUGGUCCAUGAUGUUUUGAAUAUGAAAUUGAACCGAAUCACGAUAGAGACGCUCAUAGACGAGAACAACCCUGCCAAGGGGACCACUAAGAAGGCCUACGACUUGACCGCGAGCGACUUUUUCUGGACCAAGAAUGCGGCCGUGCCGUUCCCUCAAGUGGCGGAGGACAUUGAUGCGGAGUUGACGCGAUACAAGGAGGACGCCGCAGCGGUAACGAAGAAGACUGGAGUGACGGAUCUUGAAGACCUUCAAAACGACACGAGUGCCAGCGCACAACACUUGAAGGCAGCUAUUACUCUGCUGCCAGAACUGCGCGAGCGCAAGGCGGUGCUCGACAUGCACAUGAACAUUCUGGCGGCGCUCUUGACGGGCAUCAAGAACCGGCAACUAGACAACUUCUUCCAGGUCGAGGAAGGCGUUAUGAAGCAGACCAAGGCACAAAUAAUGGAGCUCAUCAAGGACAACACAAAGGGCGACGAUCCUGUCGACAAACUGAGACUGUUUGUCAUUUGGUACCUGAGCACCGAACAAGACGUCGGCCGAACAGAAUGGGAGGGCUUCGAGAAGGCCCUUACCGAGUGCGGCGCAGACACGACAUCUCUCCCGUAUAUUCGGCAAGUUCGUGCUACUACCAAGAUGACCCAGCUCACCACCAUUUCCAACCCGAACACAAACCAGGCAGCCUCCUCUGACAUCUUUGGUCGCUUUUCCUCAAUCUCCAACCGGUUCACCGACCGCCUCAAGGAAACGGGCGUCCCCACUGGCCUGUCUUCCAACUUCGAGUCCUUGAUUGGCGGCAUCAAGAACUUCCUCCCCGCCAACCGUGACCUGACCAUUACCAAGAUCGUGGAGUCCAUCAUGGACCCCUCAACCGCCGCGAGCUCUGCAAUCGCUAAGACGGAAAGCUACCUCUACUUUGACCCUCGUUCCGCCAACGCUCGCGGCACUAUGCCCCCACCGAGCGCAAUCCGCGCCGGCGCCGGGGGCUCCUCGGCGCCAGGCGGCCUCCCGGGUCAGGCAAUCGCCGGCCAGACCGCAGGCACCGGCGCCAGCUUUGGUCAGCGCCGCCAGGGCUUCUCCGAAGCUGUCGUUUUUACCGUCGGCGGCGGCAGUAUGGACGAGUACGGCAACCUGCAAGAAUGGGUCGAGCGGACGGGCGGCGACCGCGCCAAGAGGCGGGUCGUCUAUGGCAGCACGGAGAUGCUCAACGCCGAGGAGUUCAUCAAGCAAGAGCUAGAGAGGCUCGGAAAGGAGGUGUCUUCGUAA